AUCUGUCAGCGGACACCGGCAUUGGCGGCGCAUCCCGCGGCAGCUCCACCUGGACCAGAGGGCGCUGCUGGUGAUGAAGAGCCCGCUGGACCACCAGGACAGGCAGCUCCACCUGGACCAGAGGGCGCUGAUGGCGAUGCAGAGCCCGCUGGAGCUCCACCAGGCUAUGAAUGGAAACAUCACCUUGGAGGACUCCUUGAUGAUCAAGGCGAAGGCGCUCGCGGAGAGGGAGUCUGACGAGAUCUCAACCCACCUGGGGUCGAUCUGGAACUGCCCGACAUCCUGCUGCUACACUGACACGGAGCCGACGGAGGCUGAUAUUCUGUCCGUUCAGCUCGACCCCGCCAACAAUCCAGACGACAAGUAUUGGCAUGAUCAGAAAACUAAUGAAUUCAAAUUCUUGGCGAACGGAGCGAAAGGCAACCCUGCUGGGGGACGCUGGCAGCGCUACAUCAACAAGAAGACCAAGGAGUCACAGGAGCUGAAGAAGAAAUACGACGAGCUGAAGGGCCAGCCGAGCAAGCAGCAAGCCUUCCGCGCGAAGUGGCUCGAGAAGAAGUUCUACGACUACGUCUGCGAGAGCAAGCUCCACAGGAAGUCGUUCCGUCGCUCGGAGUUCAGCGACCAGAGGUACAUGUGCCACAACAAGAUGAUCACGGAGGAGGGCGGCGGGCACAAGGGCAAGCUCAACGCGACGAACUACGCGCUGAUGUGCCUGGCAGUGAAAUGGUGCCCGUGGCGCAAGGACCUCCUGUACCUUUACGUCGUCGAGGGGGUGAAGGAAGAGUUCACUGAGGUGUGGGAGUACACGAAGGAGUGGGCGAAGACGAAG